AUGGCUCACAGAGGCGGUGGUGGCUACACAAGAGGCAACAUGGCAUUCAGACAGAGGGGACGCUCCUCUGGGUCGCCAUAUUGGAAGGACAAGCCAAGACACCAGCAGGAUAAUAUCGACACAGGACCAGUGAAUGUGGCUCUUCCUUCAACCCCGAGUUCGAGUAGAGAGGGCGCUAAUCAGACAAUCAAGACUGAGCAGUCGCCAGUCGAAACAAGACCUAAAGAAAUCAAGAAAUUCUCGAACAAAGCUCGAGUCUUCAUCGCUAACCUCCCUAGGGAAAUGUCGGAGACUGAGUUGAGGGAGCUGUUUCGACCGUACGGUGAAGUUCAGGAGAUAUUUAUUCAGAAAGAGAAAAGCUUUGCAUUCUGUCGAAUGGCAUACAAGAGUGAGGCAGAGAGUGCUAUUGCUGCCCUCAAUGGCAUGGUUGUCAAGGGGCGUGACCUCAAAGUCCGAUUUGCCGUUAGCAGCAGUCUAGUCAAAGUAGAAAACAUUCAUCCAUUGGUCUCCAAUGAACUGCUUAGUGAUGCCUUUGCUCAGUUUGGAGAGGUUGAGGAGGCCGUUGUGGUGACAGAUGAUAGGGGCAAGUCAAAGGGAUGUGGGAUUGUCGAGUUUGCACGCAAGCAGUCAGCAAUGAACGCUAUAUCACAGUGCAGGAACGCACCGUUCCUCCUCACAAGGAGUCCAAUCCCGGUGGUCGUGUCAGAGUACGAGAGAGAUAAUGAAGAGGAGGGGCAAUCAAUCAAGAACAUAACCAAGAAUCAAGUCUUCCACAAUGAGUGCGAUAUUGGCCCGAGGUUUGCCAACCAUGGAGAUGUAGAGUUCAUUAUAGCCAAUCGCUGGAAGGUUGUGUUUGACGAUGAGAAAGCACAGAGAGCUGAACUGGAAGCUCGUAUCAAAGACAACAGAGCGGCUGUUCGAGAUGCAUUGUCUAAUGUCCACGAGCAACACAAGACUGAGAUGUUGCGACAAGAGUUAGUACAUCAUCAGCAACAACAGAUGAGGCUACUACAGCAGCUGAGUGAGCGUGAAGGUGGUGGUUUGAUGCCCCCCAUGCCCUCUGGACUACCACCACCACUCUUCCCAGGAGAUAGGCAAGAGGGUGUCCCUGAUCCCGGCGCUAUUACAAUCCCUGGUCUGGGAGGCCAUGGCUCCAAUGGAGGUGGUCUGUUCCCUCAGCCUCUAAUGGGACAGGUAUGAACAAGUGAGCAGCAAAAGUCAUGAUCAUCUUUGGAUAGUGCCUUGAGGAGUCGGUAAAGGGCAGCAGCUUCUUUGAUACGUGCAUACUCCACACAAAAGUCCUGUAUCUCCACGCUCUCAUCCUAGAGGAACAAACACAAACUAUUAUUAUUUGCUGAUUAUUAUUGCUGACAUGUUGUUACUGAACAUUGUUGAUAAUCAUUAAUUUGUGUGCUGAAUGUGCUUGUGUUUGUUUACCUGAACAUUAAUAAUCUUGUUCCUGA